AUGCUGAGUUCCACCAUUCACACUGCCAUGGGUUGCCUGCUGGCCUUGUGGCUGGCCAUGACUUCCCUUCAGCUUGCGAGGACACAACAGGACAACAGCUGGGUGGAGGAGGAAGAUAUCUUGGUGCUGAACCAGCACAAUUUUGCCAGGGCUUUGCAGACCUAUAAGCUGCUCUUGGUGGAAUUCUACGUCCCCUGGUCGGGACAUUGCCAGGCCCUGGCCCCAGAGUUUGCCAGAGCAGCUGCGUUGCUAAAAAAGGAGGCAGGUCCCCUAGUGAGACUGGCCAAGGUGGACUGCACCCAGGAGCAGGCAUUGAGGGCAGAGUUUGGAAUCACUGGCUACCCUGUCCUCAAACUCUUCAGAGAUGGAAACCGCACCCAUCCCAUGGAUUUUCCAGGUGAGCAAGAGGCUGCAGGCAUAGUGGAGUGGCUAAAACGGAAAGCCGGGCCCAGUCUGGUGCUGCUCGAAGAAGUUGAUGCAGUCGCUACUUUUGUGAAUCUCCACAAUGUUGCGGUAGUUGGAUUCUUCCAGGAUUUGCAGGAUCCAGACGUGGGUCUCUUUGGUGAUGUAGCCAGUGACACUCCUGAGGUAGCCUUUGCCAUCACAGACAACCUGCUGCUCUUCGAACAGUACAAUAUUACUGAGGAUACCAUCUCUCUCUUCCGGAAGGAUGAUGGCCAGCGGGUAGAUUUCUUCGCUGACACAGAGCUAGGCCUGGAUGCAAAGGACCUGGCUCAAUUCAUCUCUGUGCAGAGUCUAGACCUGGUGAUGGAGCUCACAAAUAAGAACUCCUCCAAGAUAUUUGGGGCAAAGAUCCCAAAUCAUUUGCUGCUCUUUAUCAACAAGUCAGUGGAUUCCCAGCUAAGGCUCCUGGGCCCUUUUCGAGAGGGGGCUACUGCAUUUCGGGGUCAGGUGCUUUUUGUGCUGGUGGAUGUCGACGGGGAAGGGGCUGGCGUAUUACAGCACUUCGGUCUUAAGAGCUACAAUGCUCCCGCCCUCCGUUUCAUCAAUAUUGAGGCCAACAAAAAAUACCAGCUAACCGCAGAAGGGCUCACAGCACACGGUCUCCACACUUUUUGCCAAGAGGUUUUGCAGGGGAAAAUUCAGCCCCACCUGAUGAGCGAGGAGAUCCCCAGUGACUGGGAUAAGAAGCGGGUAAAAGUCGUGGUGGGCAAGAAUUUUGAGCAAGUUGCAUUUGAUGAAACCAAAAACGUGUUUGUGAAAUUCUAUGCCUCUUGGUGUCCCCACUCCAAGGCACUGGCCCCGGCCUGGGAAAAGUUAGGAGAGAAAUACAAAGAUCACAAGAAUAUUGUCAUUGCAGAGAUGGAUGCCACAGCCAAUGAAGUGGCAGACCUGACCAUCCAUGGCUACCCAACCCUGUACUUCUUUCCCACUGGGCCAGGCCGGCAGAUGAUUGAGUACACGGGUGGCAGAGAUAUUGAGAGCUUCUCGAGAUUUCUGGAGGGAGGAGGGAAGCCCCUCUCCAACAAAGAGACUGGAGAUGCUGAGACCCUCAAAGAGCCACAGCAGGAUGGGAUGAAUCCACCAGAGACCACAGAGUCCAGGGAGGAGUUAUAAAUCCUGCUGGCUCCUCCUGAGCCUCACUUUCUACAGGAGGCCCCCACAGCAUCAUAAACAAUAU